CCGCCAUUGCCAACCCUAAUUUAUCGUCUCUCUCCCUCAAACCCUCGUCUUUCUCCUUGCGAUCCAUGGACAUGGACAUGGCGUCUUCGGGGAUGUUCGUCCCUCCUCAAACCCUAGGGACCGUGCUCUGUUGCAUCUGUGGCGUGCCCAUGGAGCCAAACCCGGCCAACAUGUGCGCGCGCUGUCUCCGAUCGCGCGUCGACAUCACCGAAGGUCUUCCUCGCCACGCCGCCAUCGUUCAUUGCCCGGAGUGCAGCUCAUGGCUCCAGCCCCCGCGAUCAUGGCUCCGGGCUGAGCUCGAGUCCCCGGCACUCCUCUCCCUCUGCCUGCGCCGCAUCCACAAACCCCUAUCUCGCCUCGUGCGCCUCGUCCAUGGCGAGUUCGUCUGGACGGAGCCCCAUUCCAAGCGAAUCCACGUCAAGCUACGUGUCCAGCGCGAGGCCCUUCACGGUGCCAUCCUCGAACAAUCGCAUCUUGUCGAGUUCACCGUCCAAGACCGCCUCUGCGAGUCUUGUUCCCGCGCACAGGCAUCUCCCGACCAGUGGGUGGCUGCUGUACAGCUCCGCCAGCACGUCCCCCAUCGGCGCACCUUUUUCUUUCUCGAGCAGCUCAUCCUCCGCCACGGUGCCGCCGCACGCGCCGUUCGCAUCAAAGAAACCUCCUCCGGCGUUGAUUUCUUCUUCGGUCACCGUAGCCAUGCCAUGAAGUUCGUCGAAUUCGUCUCCGGCGUCGUGCCCGUCCGGAGACGCUCCGACAAACAGCUCGUGUCGCACGAUACAAAGAGCAACAACUACAACUAUAAGUACACAUUCUCCGUAGAAAUCUGCCCCAUCUGCCGUGAGGAUUUGAUAUGCCUCCCUCCCAAAGUCUCCAACAGCCUGGGAAAUCUCGGCCCCCUUGUUAUCUGUGCUAAGGUCAGCAAUAGCAUCUUGCUUGUGGAUCCAGAGACUCUCCGCACUGCUUUUUUAGACGCGGAUGAAUAUUGGAGGACGCCAUUCGGUGCUCUGCUCUCAAGUCGCCAGCUUGUGGAAUUCAUUGUGCUUGAUGUGAAGAAAAAGACCCCUGAAGUUACUGUCUCUGGCUCAAGGUAUUGUCUUGCCCGUGUUGAGGUUGCGAGGAUGUCUGAUUUCGGCCAGAACGACACUACAUUCGAUAUAAAGACUCAUCUUGGGCAUCUAUUGAAAGAAGGAGAUGUUGUGCUUGGUUAUGAUCUUUAUUCCGCAAAUAGCAAUGAUGUGGAGAUGGGUAAAUACAAGGGAUUUGAGUUGCCCUAUGCAAUCCUGAUAAAGAAGAGUUAUGAAGAGAAACGGCAGAGGAAACAUGGGAAACAGAGGAAAUGGAGGCUGAAGAGGAUGCAGAUGGAAGUGGAUGAUGGUGCUAGAGGUAGAGGUUCUGAGGAGAAGAGGAAUAAUGAGUAUGAAGAGUUCUUGAGGGAAUUGGAGGAGAAUCCAACAGGAAUGCUUGAUCAAAUGACUAUUUACAAGAAUAAAGAUCACAGGCCAUCCGAGACAGCAUCUAUGCUUAGUGGGGAUGAUGAUUUGCCUUUGGAUGAAUUGAUUAGUAAACUUGAGUUGAGUGAUGAUGAGGAGGGGGAAGAGGAUGAAGACAUGGCACAAUGAUCUGUGCUAAGUCUUCUGUAAGUUGUUUCCUUUAUGUUGAAGUGUGCGAUGUUAUAGGUUUUGGCAUGUUAUCCGAAAUUUUUGUUUACCAAAUUUAUGCUUGUUUUCUCUGUUCUUAA